CCAGCCCCGGCCCCAGCGCCGGCUACAUCGACCGGCAAGUGCCCCGUGGACACACUGAAGCUACUUGCGUGCGUGGACGUGCUCAAUGGGCUGUUGCACGCGGUGAUCGGCAGUAGCGCCAGGAAUACAUGCUGCCCGCUGCUGUCCGGCGUUGCCGACCUCGACGCUGCUCUCUGCCUUUGCACCACCAUCAAGGUCAAGGCCCUCAACAUCAACCUCAUGCUGCCCAUCGCCAUCGAGGUGCUCGUCAACCAGUGCGGCAAGAGAGUGCCGAAAGACUUCCGCUGCCCUAAUUAAGCUCCAUAGAUUACUAUAUGUACUAUCAGUAUCACCUGCAUAUGAAUGUGAUACAUGCAUUAAAUUCUCUUGUGUGAUCACACAGGUGACAUAUCGAAGUGUAAUAAUCUAUAUGUACAUGGAUUUGCAGCUCUGACUCGCUAC